GAGGCGACCCCAUGGCGCCGGGAUUUCCAGUGCGGUCGCGCCAGAGGCCAUUUCGUUUUCAAUUCCUUUCCAAGGACGUGGGAUUUGCCUUAUCGAAGUGCCGUUUUACGAACAGACAAUAACGAAGACACCAGUCCGUCAGUUUAUUGAUGUUUCUUCUUCUUCUCUUCCCCCGCCCUCCCCGGCCUAUUCCGCCUUUCCUCCUCCUCAAACGGCGCUCGGGGCGGUUGGCGCGAGGCGAGUCCUGCGCAUCCGCGCCAAGGGAGAGAGGGACGGCGGCGGCGGAAGAAGCGGCUCCGCGACGGCUCCCUCCCCAAGGCCGACGGCGCCGCGCUCCCGAGCCAGGCCCGCGUUCCGAGCGGUCGGGCGUCGCGCGGUUGCUGAGGGGACGACGCGAGGCGACGGCAGCCUGCCUUUUCACCCCGCGUCAAGAUGGCGGCGGCGGCGGCGACUCCUCCUGCUGCUGCCGCCGCUUCCCCACCGCUUCAGGAGUUCUCCGUGGCCGAGGAGCGGAGCGGGCACUGCGCCGUGGUGGACGGCGGCUGCCUCUACGUGUGGGGGGGGAUACGUGGUAAGGAAGGGGCGAGGGAGGCGGCGGAGAAGCGGGGCGGCGGCGGAGGGAGGCUCCGGGCGGCCGACGACAAAACAUCCCGUGAGGAGACGGGGAAGGGGCGCUGGCUCCGCCCACCACUCGGGCGCUCGCUGAGGAGAGCAAAAUGGGCGGGAAAGCAUAACAGGGCGAGAGGGCCCGGAAGGGUGGGGGUUUGGAGGUAGCGUUGAAGCGGGAUUGGAGAGAGGGGCCGUCGAUUACCUAAGCGACGUCGCCUAUUGGUCGCUGGUUUUUCGAGGCGCGGCGGCCGGCCUAUUUUCCCGCCCCCUGCCCUGAGGAGACCUUCUGUUAUAGAGCGGUGUAUAAAUUCAAUAAAUAAAAGGGCGACUCGGUUCCCCGCCACUCGCACUCUUUCGCCAAUAACAUUUCAUUUCAUAAGAUUCAAACACCGCUUGGUUGUGGGGGGACGGGGACACAAAACCUCAAAGCGGUUUACAAAAUAUAAUAAUGAAACAGUAAAAUUGUCAGCAAGAAAAGUUAAGACUGGUUAAAAACUUUCGGAAAGCUGAAAUGGCAGUCGUCUUAAAACAUGAAAACUCGAAUACAACAUCUGGGCAGGCUUGUGUAAAUGAAUGAUUUUAGCAGGCAUGGGAAAGUGCAGUGUGGUGAUGUCAAUAGGUAUGGAGUUCCAAUGUGUAGGUGCUGCCACAUGAAAAAAUGAAAUUAUUACAAAUGUGGAACAGAUCUCAUGGGACACCUGUAACGGUGCCAGUUCUGUCAGUUGAAGCUGCUGGGUGGGCAAUUAUGGGGUGAGGCGACCUUGCAGGUAAAUUGUCCCAGCCUUGUUGGAGCCAUAGCAUUGGGUGGCCGUCCCCAACCUGAUGCCCUCCAGAUGUUUGGGGCUACAUUGGUACCUUGGUUCUCAAACGCCUUGGAACCCAAAUACUGCAAACCCAGAAGUGUUUGGGUUUGCAAACUUUUUUUGGAAGCCAAACGUGCUCUGUUUUGAGUGUUACGCUGAUGAAUUUGAGUUUUAAGCUUCUGUUUUGAGUGCCACACUUCCGUUUUGAGUGUAAUGUUGAGGUCUAUCUGUUUUUGCUAUUUAUUUUGCAUUUUUGUUUUUGCAGCUCUCUCUUUUUGUGACUGUGGAACCCAGUUCAGCUACUGAUUGAUUGAUUGUGUGACUGCAGUAAACUUUAAUUUAAUUAACUUUAAUUAAUUGCUUUAAUUUUAUGGAUCUAUGGUCUCGUUAGAUAGUAAAAUUCAUGUUAAAUUGCUGUUUAAAGGGGUUGUUUUUAAAAGUCUGGAAAGAAUGAAUCCAUUUUGCAUUACUUUCUAUGGGAAAGCGCACCUUGGUUUUGGAACAGGCUUCUGGAAUGGAUUAAGUUUGAGAACCAAGGUACCACUGUCCUACCUUGUCAGCCCCAGCCAGCACAAACAUGCCUGCAUGGCAUGGUGCAAGCCUUCCAUGACUCACAGCCAAGAUGGUCCUGAGUGGCUUUAGAAGAGGAUUGGACAUAUUCCUGGAGAAUAAUAGCCCUGAAAGCUGUGCUCUGCCUCCAUGCUUCUGAGUACCAGUUGCAGGAAAUCACAGGACCUCUGGCAGCAACCACCACUUCUCAUAUGCAAAACUUCAUCGUUCAAAUAAUUAUUUACAGUGCCAUUAGCUGGAUGAUUCUGGGUGUGAUUUCUCUCCUCUGGCUUUGCUAGCAAACUGGAGGGAUGCCAUUUCAGUUUCACAAAUACAGUUCUUGGUUCUGCAUGGAUAUCACACGUGCACAUCCUCCCAAAUACACCAUUUGUGUGCAGCUAAAUGAUCACAGAACAGCAGUGCAGAAAGAGCAGUGGCUGACCUUUUGCUGAGAUCUAUUGGAGAAGGUUGUGCCUUGCUAUGGCUAGUCUGCCUUUCCCUGCCUUUCUUCAGGCACAAAGAUCUUACACUGAUUUUAGUACAAAAUAAUAAUUCCACAUGAGUGGCAUAGUCUCCACCUCUCUAGCUCCAGAAUCCUGAUUGCCUUGUGCCAUGAGAUUAGGCAUCAAAUAUCCCAGUUUAUGGUGGCUGGUUUUAAUGCCUAAUGCUUCCCGAAAGUCUUGAUCACCACUAAGACUUUUCUCGAUGGGCAACUCUUCAAAAUAGGAAUUUCUUUAUUACAUUGCUUUUAACAAUACUUUGGAGUGCCUCGAUUUCCCUGCUUCCCAUUUGCUGCUGAACCAGACUUAAUUUAAUUUCCCAAGAGACCUUGGUGGAACUCUGAGCAGAGCGUAUCUUAGGUAGCUAGCAAAACUCCUAUAUACAGGAAGAAAAUUCCAUGAGUGUGCAUUAUUACAGCACUGCUUCCACAAUCCAAAUCACUUGAUGAGAAGCUAUAAUUUGAAAUGAAAAGUAGCUUGUUGGUAAAAAGGAAGAUUUCCAGUGACCCUGAUGGAACAUUUGUAUGCCUAUGAUUUUCUUUCUUAUUUUGGUUAGUCAAUUGAAGAAAAUGAAGUUUACUUACCUAACGAUGAGCUGUGGAUCUAUGAAAUUGACAGUGGAUUAUGGUAAGUCAUAUUAUUUACUGACAAUUUUUAACAAGGCCCUUUAUAUCACAAGCCUUCAUUACUGUUUCAAAAGGCACGAUCCUAAAUUCCUGGGUAAAAGUAAAUCCCAUGGAUUUUCAUGGACUUUCUGCAUAAUAUGUGCUGGAAAAUAGGUAUCUCUGUUUCUCCUUCCUUUUAUUGUAUUGCUGCGACUAGUCCUGGAGGCUUCCAGCAUGUGACAGUGGACACACCCCAGGAGUGGCUUUGACAGGCCGGCCAAAACGGGUGAGGGUAGCUGAUGGGUGAGGGAAAGGCAGGCUCUGGCGGAUUGAGCAGACGAGACCAACAGUGGGUCCAAUAGUCAAGAAGGCGGUUUCUGCAUAUGCUGUAGUGUAGAGCAUGGGUCGGCAAACUAAGGUCUGCGGGCCCGAUCAGGCCCAAUUGCCAUCUGGAUCCGGCCCACGGACAGUCCGGGAACCACUGCGUGGAUCAUAGAAUCAUAGAAUCACAGAGUUGGAAGAGACCACAAGGGCCAUCGAGUCCAACACCCUGCCAAGCAGGAAACACCAUCAGAGCACUCCUGACAUAUAAUAAUAAUAAUAAUAAUAAAUUUUAUUUAUAUCCCGCCCUCCCCAGCCAAAGCCAGGCUCAGGGCGGCUAACAACAAACAAAUAAUCAAACAAUCAAAUAAUCCAACAUUCUAAAACAUUUCAUUAUAAAAAUUAAUUAAAAUCAAAUUAAUGGCAACUGUUAAGCAAAGUUCUGUGCAGGUUGCCAGAGGAGGGAGUCAGGCUGGGCCCUGACCAAAGGCCUGGUGGAACAACUCUGUCUUGCAGGCCUUGCGGAAAGAUGUCAGGUCCCGCAGGGCCCUAGUCUCUGUGACAGAGCGUUCCACCAGAUUGGAGCCGCAGCCGAGAAAGCCCUGGCUCUAGUUGAGGCCAGCCUAACCUCUCUGAGGCCUGGGACCUUCAGGAUGUUUUUAUUUGCAGACCGUAGGUUCCUCUGUGGGGCAUACCAGGAGAGGCGGUCCCGUAGGUACGAGGGUCCUAGGCCGUAUAGGGCUUUAAAGGUUAAAACCAGCACCUUAAACCUGAUCCUGUACUCCACCGGGAGCCAGUGCAGCUGGUAUAGUACCGGAUGAAUGUGAUCUCGCAGCGAAGACCCCAUAAGGAGUCUCGCUGCAGCAUUCUGCACCCGCUGGAGUUUCUGGGUCAGUCUCAAGGGCAGCCCCACGUAGAGCAAGUUACAAUAAUCCAGUCUGGAGGUGACCGUCGCGUGGAUCACAGUGGCUAGGUCAGGGCGAGAGAGAUAAGGGGCCAACUGCUUAGCUUGGCGGAGAUGAAAAUAUGCCGCCUUUGUUAUAGCUGUAAUCUGCGCCUCCAUAGAGAGGGAGGUAUCGAAGAUUACACCCAAACUCUUAACGGACGGUGCUGGCACUAAUUGCACCCCGCAAGAGAUGGGAGUUGCCCCCCCAAUCCCAUAUCGUCCCGUCCCAGCCAGAGGACCUCUGUCUUCGAAGGAUUUAACUUCAACCGGCUUCCACGUAACCAUCCAGCCACAGCUUCCAAACAUCUGGUCAGUGUGUCUGGGGCCGAGUCAGGAUGGCCAUCCAUCAACAGAUAGAGUUGGGUGUCAUCGGCAUACUGAUGGCAACCCAGCCCAAAACUCCGGACAAGCUGGGCGAGGGGGCGCAUAAAGAUGUUAAAAAGCAUCGGGGAGAGUAUCGCACCCUGAGGCACUCCACACACCAAGGAGUGGCGGGAUGACAAUUCCCCCCCAAGCGCCACCCUUGUCAAGCCUCUGCUUAAAGACCUCCAAAGAAGGGGACUCCACCACACUCCUUGGCAGCAAAUUCCACUGUCAAAACAGCUCUUACUGUCAGGAAGUUCUUCCUAAUGUUUAGAUGGAAUCUUCUUUCUUGUAGUUUGGAUCCAUUGCUCCGUGUCCGCUUCUCUGGAGCAGCAGAAAACAACCUUUCUCCCCCUCUAUGUGACAUCCUUUAUAUAUUUGAACAUGGCUAUCAUAUCACCCCUUAACCUCCUCUUCUCCAGGCUAAACAUGCCCAGCUCCCUUAGCCGUUCCUCAUAAGGCAUCGUUUCCAGGCCUUUGACCAUUUUGGUUGCCCUCCUCUGGACACGUUCCAGUUUGUCAGUGUCCUUCUUGAACUGUGGUGCCCAGAACUGGACAGAGUACUCCAGGUGAGGUCUGACCAGAGCAGAAUACAGUGGCACUAUUACUUCCCUUGAUCUAGAUCACCAGCGCACACAUUCUUUCCCUCCCACUCUCAUGGUGGUGGCGGUGCCUCCUCCCUCCCUCCUCCUGGCUUCUCCCCAUCCUGCCUAGAGGAGGAAGGGGGCUGGGCUUUGUUCGCACACCGCUCAUCGUGUCGCCGCCAGCCCCUGCCGCUCGCUAGACACAGGUAAGCAGUCACCGGGGCUUUUGCAUCAUUCCCCCCCCCCAAAUAUAGUCCAGCCUCCCACAUGGUCUGAGGGACAGUGGACCGGCCCCCUGCUGAAAAAGUUUGCUGACCCCUGCUGUAGAGGGAAGUGAGGAGCAGCAUGGGAAUGUAGCCCAUCCAAGAGAAGGAAAACUGACCCUAAACCUCUGCUGCCUUGUGGGAUAUCUUCAGGAGAAGAAAAGGUUAAGGAGUAAACCUUACACAUAUCUGGAGAGGAGUCCAUAAGACAGUUGGCCUGAACGUAUUGCUCUGCUUUUCUUUGGACCGUAGCAAGGCGAAGAGAAGGCUUCAACCAGAGCCAGAGCCUUUUCCACACUGGCCCCGGCCUGGUGGAACGCUCUGUCUCAUGAGACCAGGGCCCUGCAGGAUCUGAUUCCUUUCUGCAGGGCCUGUAAGACAGAGUUGUUUAAUGUUUCAAUAUUUUAAUGUUGUAUUUUAAUCUUGUUUUUAAGUUGUAUUCAUUCAACUUGUUUUUAUUAUUGCUUGUUAGCUGCCCUGAGCCCGGCCUUGGCUGGGGUGGGCGGGGUAUAAAUAAAAAUUAUUAUUAUUAUUAUUAUUAUUAUUAUUAUUAUUGUCAUCUGGCCAUCCCAGGACCUCCAUACACACUGCCCAGGCUUGCACCCCAGGGAAGUCACUUUGAUGCUCCUAACACAGCAGUUUGACUUCAUCCCCAGAGGCACACUCCAUUGUCUCUUGAGACAGAGAUACAUGACAAUAGUAGGUUGUGUCUAGGGAUGGCACCAGUGGAGUCUGGUCCAUUAGGGCAAAUGGGGCACUGCCUAACCAGCCUCAGUCUACCCUUCGCUAACUACUACCUGUAUUUCAUUACAUAUUUCAUUCAUGAAUCGCUUCCCAUGAGGGCUCCUGAAGGAAUUUACUACUGUAUCUGUGGGUCAAAUUGUGGGAUUUCUUAUGCUCACUGAUUUACAGGUCGAUGCAUCUGAUGGAAGGUGAAUUGCCUCCAUCCAUGUCUGGAAGUUGUGGAGCAUCUGUUAAUGGAAAGCUGUACAUCUUUGGAGGAUAUGAUGACAAAGGAUACAGCAAUCGGGUAAAGGGUUCCUUUAUUUUUAAAAACUUUCGGAUAGAAUUACCAGGCUUGUUAAGGAUGAAAUAGUAUAGUAGUGAGAAUUAAACUGUUCAAGAAAUCUUAACAUUAUGUUUUGAUUUUAUUUUCACACGGAUGUAACAGGCUAGAACCAGAAGAACAACUUUAGGGUAUGCCCAAGUAUUUGAACCGCAGAACCUAUCACACACACACACAAUCUUUUAACCCUCCUCCUUAUUUCCAUAAUGAUUUGCCAUGUGAUGCGGGCGCUUAUGUUUGAGAAGCAGCCUGAUUGGGUGUGUGUAAUUUGUUUUGCAGUUUUGUGCAUUUCAUGCUGCUACCAAAAGAAGGGCAGCAACUCAUUCAUGUCAGUGUAAAUUUGAUGACCUGUUUGUUAUGCUGCCAUUCAAAAUUUAUAUAAGCCUGCAGAGCUGCCCUUUGAUGUCAGAGGGACUCUGCUUGACACCGAUGUUUAGGAACUGAUCUUGACUAGAUUCUGUGGAGUAACUAGAUUCUAUAACUCUUUAUGACGGGGCAUCACAGUAAUUAAUUUUAGUAGAAGUUGUGACCAAACAUCAGUUGAGAGGUUAAGCCUUUCUGCUUCAUUUUAUUUCUUUGGAAUUUAUGUUGCUGUUGUGGAAAAGGUUAAGGACAGUCUGACUUUCAACAGUUAAAAUUAGAAUACGGAAGCCCCCCCUGCAAUGAAAAGUGCUGCUCAUUAUUAGCAGUGAGCAAGUGGAGGAAGAAGAAUUUAAGCCUUUUCUAUUAAAACUAUAAAGGACUAAAUAUUACUGGUUGUUCUCUCCAGACACCACUUUUGCCAGUUAGCACUUCAUUUUUUCCAGAAUAUUGCUGUGUGUUGAAAGUGUCUUAAUUUCCUUUUAAGCUCUAUUAUGUUAAUUUGCGAACAAGAAAUGGAACCUAUUUGUGGAAAAAAAUCACAGACUUUAAAGGUCAGCCUCCUACACCACGUGACAAACUUGCCUGCUGGGUGUAUAAAGACAGGUAAUUGUCAUGGGUGAUUUCACAAAUGGGGAGGUGGCAUUAGCUGGUGAACAGACCAGGUUGUAAUUCUGUGUGGCUUGAUGACCUUUGUCUUCCCUUAAUUCACUUGUGCUUCUGUUCCUUCACUUAUAAAAUGAGAAUUGCGCUGAUGUCAACAGCCUGCAAAUUAUGUGUGAGGCAUGAUAUUGGAUAGGAUUAGAGCCCAAGGCAAUAUUAAAACCUUGUUAAAUGACAGUGGUUCACUGACUUAGAAAUAUUAGAUGAUUAAAAUAUGAAUGCAUAUUUGAGUUUUUCCUCUGCUGAUUGAUCUGCAUUUUGGUAGCACAGAUAAGUCCUUUUACUCUUAAAUGCCUUGCUCCAGUAGUUCCUUGCACACUGGAGGGUGGGAAGGUUUCACACACAAGGAGAAUUGAAACAAGAUGAUUGCAGGUGUCAAAGAACUAUAGAGCUGCCUUCUCUAACCUGUUGCCUUCUAGAUGUGUGAGUUGUAGUCAAAAAGGUGUAGAAGGCAACAGGUUAGGGAAGGCUGCUCUAGAGGAAUUAAAUUAGGGCAUCUGAUCUCUUAGAUCUAAUGGCAGGAAUUAAUUUGUAAAUUUUAAUUCUGAUUUUUUUAAAAGGCUCAUCUAUUUUGGUGGCUAUGGCUGUAGAAAGCAGAGUGAGCUGAGUGACUGUUUUGAUGUUCAUGAUGCAUAUUGGGUAAGAGAUCUGUUACAGUUUCAAAUAAAGAGGACCCUGUGUUGGAAGGAAUAUUAGCAGUGGUUUUAUUGUCUUUUAUUCCCUUUAACCUACUGUUUCACUUCUUUGUUUUCUUUCAGGGAGAACGGAUAUUCUGGGGAUGGCACAAUGACGUUCAUGUUUUUGAUACAACUACGCAAACUUGGUAUCAGCCAAAAAUUAAAGUAAGUGUUACUUGAACUCUGGAUUUGUUGUUGUCACGUUUCGUUGUCCUCCAGAGGCUUUCCAAACACAAUCUCACAUAUCUUUCCUUAUGCUCUUGGAUUGAUAUGAAUAUUCUGAAUCAUUUAUUUAUCGAAGUAUUUCUAGGCUGCUUUUAAGGGUAAUGCCCUACCAUAGUAAAAAAACAAAUCUGCAAACACAAACAUUUUAAAGUAUUUCUAAGAAAUAAAAACCUAUUGCAGUCUUAGGAGAAGACAGCAGUGAACCAAACUGGUUUUGAGGCCAGUUUGAAUGCCUGAACUGAAGAGGCCAAUGCAAUCCACACAGAAGAGACAUCAUAGGUGAACCUAGACAAGGGUGCCCAUCCUGUCUUCUUGUGCUAGGCAACUUUGUUGAUCUUACCAGUGGUAAGAUAUCCACGUAGGACCUUCAAUGCAGAUCUUAAUUUGCAGGCAAAAAUCAUAUGGGCGAAGCCGAUAACCUGAUCCCAAACUUUUAGGGAUUUAGGUUACCACAACAAUUUUUAAAUUGGCCCCAGAAACUCACAGACAGGAUUGAUUUAAUGUUCUGACUUUCCGGUCCAUACCAGAAUGUAGACAGUCAAUUCGUUCUGCAGCAACUGAAGUUUCUAAACCAUCUUCAAAAGCAGUCCUGGCUCAAACGCAAUACAGCAGUCCUAAGAAUCACAGCAGUACUUCUUUUGUAUUUGCUUGCAGAAUGGAGUUCCACCUCAGCCUCGAGCAGCACAUUCAUGCACAGUCCUAGGAAACAAAGGUUACGUGUUUGGAGGCCGUGUUUUGGUUUGUACUGAUUUUAUGUUUACACUAUGAAAAAACGGGGGGAAAGGAGCAUGUCAGUGCUGGAAAGGGAAAAGCACUCAGCUUUGAAAUAAAAAUACUGUAAGAGAAAAGUCUUGAAAUGGUGAGGCCUGCUGUGAGGGAAAGGGAGCCUAUUUACCUUUUUAAAAAGAGCUGCAGUGUUUUAAAAAGUGAGCCAGCCUUUACCAAAGUAACAGAGUUCCGAAACUACAAAGGCAGGUUGUAUUGCCAGUGACAUCUUGAAUGCAAUCAACAGAUACUGCUCCCCAAAAUAUAUCUUCUGAGGAAAAGACUUUGGAUUGUAGUUGGUACUAAUGUAUGCAUGUAAUGUUUAGCAAGAUUAGGCUACAAGUGUGUUUAUACUUCUGCUGUCUGCAGGACCAGAGACAGUCUGCCUCCGAGUAUCAGCAGGAGAGAACUCUUGCCCUUGGGGCCAUUUGUGGAUUUCCCAAAGGCAUCUCUAUGUGGACAGGAUACAGAGGAGCAAUUCCCAUUAAGUGGGGAGGGCACUGUUGCACCCAGGUCCUCUUUGAGGCCUUCCCAUCCAUGUAUCUGGUGGGCUGUUAGUGGAGCUGAAUGCUGGUCUAGAUCCAGCAGGGCUGUCCUUACUUCUUUUUAUGAAAAUGCAGAUUGCAUUUGAAGUUGCUGUGAUCAAGAAUAAUAAUGUAAAUAUAUGAUUCCUGCUAAUGAGAGUGCAGCCAGCAGACAUAAAGGGAUUUCCUCUGUGGAGCUCCCUUUCUCCAUCCAGCAGUAUUCAAUACAAGAAGCCAAAGUUCUUCCUAUUCACCAUCCUGCUUUUCCUCUUGACCAAAUGAAAUAUAUCGGAACUGUGCCUUAAGUUAGAGAGAGGGGGCUAGGUAGGAAAUCAGAAAAGUGAUCAUGUUAGCUGGGUGGAGCUCAUGGGAGUUGUAGUUCAGAACAUCUGGAGGUUACCAGGUCAGGGAAUAUUGCCUUAAUCCAUAAAGAACACAAUCUGUCUUGAAACAGCUGCAAUUUGCCCAUUUGAGGUGUUCUCAGACAGAAUCUAUUACUUGGCUGUCCUUUGAAAAUCAUUCUGUAUUGUCAUAUUUUCCUGAUUAAACUUUUUUAUUUUAACAGCAAAAAAGAAUGAAUGAUUUACAUUAUUUGAAUUUGGAUACCUGGGUUUGGUCAGGAAAGUAAGUUUUUCCUCAUGUCAUAGCUCUGUUGUAUGUAACAAUUCAUGUUCAAUGUAUUUGUAUAUUUAGUACUGAAUACUCCCAUCAUUUGGGACGCGGAUGGUGCUGUGAGUUAAACCACAGAUCCUAGGACUUGCCGAUCAGAAGGUAGUGGUCCGAAUCCCCGCGACGGGGGUGAGCUCCCGUUGCUCGGUCCCUGCUCCUGCCAACCUAGCAGUUCAAAAGCACGAAGUGCAAGUAGAUAAAUGGGUACUGCUCCGGCGGGAAGGUAAACGGCAUUUCCAUGCGCUGCUCUGGUUCGCCAGAAACGGCUUUGUGAUGCUGGCCACAUGACCCAGAAGCCGUAUGCCGGCUCCCUUGGCCAAUAAAGCGAGAUGAGCGCCACAACUCUAGAAUCAGCCACGACUGGACCUAAUGGUCAGGGGUCCCUUUACCUUUACCUUUUACUCCCAUCAUUACUUUUUCCCCCCUUUGGUUUUCUUUUGGGGGGGAGCUUGAGUUAAAAACUGCUCUUUGUUAUGCUUAAAAUAACGAUGCCCUUUUUUAGAUAAUUGUUUUAGGGUGGUAAACAGCAAUAUGGUUUUGGGGAACAUUUAUUUAGAUUGUGUAGAAAUCUCAGUUUGACAUAUCUUUGAAGUACGUUUAUCCAUUCUUAUGAGUGUUCUCAGACUGGGAAAACAGUAUUUUGUAAAGGAAGGAAGGAAGGAAGGAAGGAAGGAAUUCUAUAAGGACAGAUUCUCUCCUUUAAUUUUUUUGUUUAAAUUUUGUUUGAUGUUAAAUUAGUAGUAUUUAUUGUUCUGGGCCUCAGACCCAAUGAAUUUAUUACCAUAUUACACAUUUAUUACACAUGCAAAGCCUUUAGGGAGAACAGGGUCUGUAGCCCCCUUCUCACCAGUAUCAGAUAGUGCUUCUGUUAGGAGCCUGCCUCCUUGGUAGCUAUGGAUUCCUGGUUUUGAAAGACGAGGAGAGUCCUCAGGCAGAUCCUGGGAUUUUCAUGGAUCCUAAGAAUGUCCCAACAGGAGGUUCCCAAGAGCAAAAAGACUUGAAAAAUAGAGCAUUACCCAUGGGAAGGACUCUCAUUGGCAGUGGUGCAGUAAGCAAGUGCUCUGUAAGCAAAUCACUUGACGUGAAUGCUGACUUCGCAAAAUAGUUGUUCCCCCCUACCUGAAAGAUGCUAAACUGCCCACCCAAUAAUUAUUUUGUUUGUUUCUUGAAAUAUGUAGGCCUUUUGUUUUUUGCUUGCUUUUCCUAGAAUUUGUACAAAUGGAGAAAAACCAGGAGACAGAUCAUGGCAUACUUUGACAUCUGUAACAGAUAGUAAACUUUUCCUGUUUGGUGGGCUGAGUUCAGACAAUGUACCCUUAAGUAAGUAGUUUGAUAUUAAUUGAUUGUUAUCACUUUAUUUAUUCAAAAUUAUUGAGUACACUAUGCUAAGAGGGAAGCAAGUUACAACUGAAUGAUUUGUGUGAUUAACAAACUAUAAUGCUAAGAUAAAUUACAAACUUGUUUGUCAAUGAAUUGCUGGCACAAUAGCAACAGAAAAACUCUGGAUACAUGAUGCUUGAAGGACUUGCCACCAUCCUGGCUCCUGUCCCCCUGCUCCAAAUCUGACUACAAGUAAACUUAAAGAUAAUAUUUCAAUCCAUCUUUUAUCAAAGUCUAGCAGAUUUCACGUUUCAGAAGGAAACUGCUGUGGCUUUCUUUAUAAGUCAAAGAACUGCAGCCAGCUAAAAUCAUUGUCAGAAUGUUUUAAAAAACUGUUCCUUUAGUUUUUAGUUUCAGACUUGGCAUUUUAAAAAACAGUACUAUAACGCAUCGGCUGCAGUUACUUAGGGGUAAAUCUAUUUAUCUGCAGAGCUUACUUCUAACUAAACAGACAUAGGAUAAAUUUUUAUUAUUAUUUAUUGAAAGCAGUUUUAUCCAGGUCUUCACACAAAAGAGACUCUCAGAGCACCUUUCCUUCUAACAAAGCUGCUUUAGUUCUGGGUACUUUCCAUCUCCAGCCAAUAGGCCUUUUGAAGAUAUCUGGGCUUUAAAAUGGUACCCCUGCCUCCCAAGACUAGUUUAUUGUCUGCCUCUGCAGCAGAAGUCUGAAAUGUGCAGCCUAGUCUGCAGGCUGUCACAACAGACAGAAAGGAAAAGUGGGGAAAAGAAGAGGACUCGCCCAAGCAGAGAUGCUGAAUGCUUGUGAAACAUAGAGUGGUCCCAGUCCAUAGAACCGUGUAACUAGUCAAGUCUGUGCUCAAGGAGGCUUCAAGUUACAACAUCCCUCCUUGCCACCACUUUUGUAACGGAAGGGAAUUUUAAAAGCAGGUAGUUCUGAUAUGAAGGGACGCGGGUGGCGCUGUGGGUUAAACCACAGAGCCUAGAACUUGCUGAUCAGAAGGUCGGCAGUUCGAAUCCCUGCGACGGGGUGAGCUCCCGUUGCUCGGUCCCUGCUCCUGCCAACCUAGCAGUUCGAAAGCACGUCAAAGUGCAAGUAGAUAAAUAGGUACCACUCCGGCGGGAAGGUAAACGGCGUUUCCGUGCACUGCUCUGGUUCGCCAGAAGCGGCUUAGUCAUGCUGGCCACAUGACCCAGAAGCUGUCUGCGGACAAAUGCCGGCUCCCUUGGCCCAUAGAGCAAGAUGAGCGCCGCAACCCCAGAGUCGGUCACGACUGGACCUAAUGGUCAGGGGUACCUUUACCUUUACCUUUAGUUCUGAUAUGGCACUAAAGUCCAGUGUUCUGUAGGAGGAGGGAGUCAAAAGCCCAUAGGGUUAGUACAAGCUGCUCCUUGGGUCCUGUCCACAGUUGCCCUAGUUUUUCCUAUUCAGUAUCAUUUAUUUCAUGUUUAAACACGGAACAUAAUAUAUUGCAUAACUUAAAUGGUCUCUUAUUAUCAAGUUGUUAGUGUUUAAAUAAAAUAAAUAGCAGUAAUUAUGCAUCUUUCUUUAUUUUCAGGUGAUGGUUGGAUUUAUGAUGUCGCAACAAACAAAUGGCAACAACUUACAUACUUACCAAAGAGCAUACCGAGGUACAAUCAGAGGCGUACCUGGGGGUUGGUGAAACCAGCCCCCAACCAGGGGUGCAGGCCUGGGGGGAGGGGCAUGCAAAAAACACCUAUCAGACUGUGGAGUGUAUGAUGUAGGUGUGUGGGGUGACUUGCCUCCACUGUCGUGGUGAAAUCAAACAUAGGAGAAGCUUCCUGUCCUUUUUGCAUCAUGGCACAAAUGCAUGCUAAUUCUUUUGCUCUUCCUCCUUGCCUUGCCUCCACUGCGGAUGCUUUGAGUAGUUGGGUCACAUAAAAUGUAGUCAUUUCUAAUGUGGCUAUUGCAGUAAAGUACUGUAUUGUUUUUUUGGGGGGGCAGGGGGCCAAUACAAUUCUUUUCCAAUGGUUUAAGGGCUCCUAGGCAUGCCUCUGGGUAUAAUAAACUAGUCAACUUUUUCUGGAAUUGAAGAAAAUAUGAAUAAAUCGUUAUGUUCAACAUGGGAGCAUAGGCUUGGAUCCAGUGAUGCCAAGUGCUAGUAUAAACUUCUGUUCAGGCAGAAGUUCUGUUCACAUCAGAUGUUGUCCUAUAGAGUCCCCUGAGCUUCUGGAAUGGGAGGGUGGAGGCAGGAAAGCCCUGUUAGACAAGUGGAAAUCUCAUCAUAGGUCAUAGAAUCCAACCAGGUAUCUUAAAAAAAACAACCCAAAAUGAAUUGUGCACAUUUUCAGUUAACUUUAUCCUAUAUCUCUGUCUGAACCAGAAAUAUAAUUUUCCAGGUGAUACUAAAAAGGUAUCAGUAUAGAUACAUACGAUUGUGAAGAAAUAAUAUUUGAUUAAUUUCACAUAAUCAUUCACCUAAUGGACAUUUAUUUGAACUUUAUUUGACUUCCACCCUAACACACUUAUUUGGAAGAAAGUCACAUUGACUUCAGGAGAAACUGCUUCCUUGGUUCAUGCGAUUGGGAUGGCGGCCUUAAAGCCCUGAUUCAAAUGAAUAUAUCUACAUGGGUCAGGGAGUGAGAUUGCAUCCACACCUUCUAUUUAUUUGUGUGGGUGUGUGGGUGUAGGCUGCACUGUAACAAAACAUUCUUGAUAGGCAUGUUUUCAGAGGGCCUGCAUGUUGACUUUAGCUAUGCAGGCCCUGUGCAAAUAUAUCACUGCAGACUGAAGAUUGAAUAGGUGCCGCCAAAGGGGAUGCAAUUACACUCCCACACCACAGCUUGUCUCUACAGUAGAUAGAAGCUGAUUCAAACUGAGCCAAACUAUCAUCUUCCCCCUCCAUUCUAACGAAGUCUCCACCCCCAAUGUUUUAGGUAGACUGCACAGCAGCACACACUAACCAUAACACAUUUUGAUACUUAGAUCUUCUCGCAUUAAAGCAAUUUUAUAUAAAAUUAGGUUGAAAUCAGAGUGAGAUUUUUCUUCUCCUCCACCAUGUUUGCUUUAGAAAUGCAGACGUAGGGGGUUUCUCCUUAGGUUGAACUGCAGUCAAGCCACUAGGAAUAUGAAAAAUAUACACAGACCCUUCUAAGAAACUCCUUCUUCUGUGCCCUUUCAUCACCAUGCAGUAUUGGGCAGGGAUCAGCAACUGUUGGCCCCAUGGCCAAAUCUGUUCUCUUGAGGAAUACUUUGGAGGCAAGAGAGCUGUGUGGAAGGUCUGUCAGACCCCUUUGGAGAGGUGGGCCUCUCAGCCUCUUGUAAAACUAGCUGCUAACUGGAAACUACCAGCAGGUAGUGGUCCUCUCCAGGGAAUCAAACAUUAAACAAAGUGCAUUUGCAUUUCUGCUAAGAUUUUUAAGUAAAGGUUUUAAUCCAGAGAAAGUUGGCCUCAGAACAAUAGUUUGAAGCCAACAGGAACUAAGACUGCAAUUUCCUAAACAUGCUUGCUUUGAAAGACGUUCCACUGCAAUCACUGGGACAAAGUGCUGAUUCACACACGCUUGUAAACAACUUGUUAUUUUGGUAGUUUGAACUCUCACUCUGUGUCUCAGUGUAGACAUAACAUUCUUGAUCUCCUAAGAAUCAAUAUUCAGAGAACUCCGCAGCCUUGUGCUCUCCUUCCUUUCUCUCUUCUCCCAUAACACACACGCUCUUCCUUUUUUGGAAUGAACCAAGCUGCAGGGUCUGAGUGAGCUGAUACUAUUGUUAACUGUGGUUAGCUCAACAUAGAGUUUGCUACCCUGCUGUUAACCAUGAUUGCAAUAGUAGCAUUAGCAGUGGUGCAGACAUACUGAUGCAUCAUGGCUAGGCCCAGAAGGGAGGAAGGCGUGCUUGUGUCUGUGGGGCAGUCCCAUUCUCCCAACCAUGGUUUAGGCGAUCAGGAAAUUUACAUGUGAGUAUGUGAUAUCUGGGGCAAGGUGAAGGGCUUCCCAAAACCUGCUGACUGCUUUAUGCUGCUUUUAUGAUUUUGUGGGCUUUGACCGACCGACCUUCCUUCCUUCCUUCCUUCCUUUAUUUACAUUUUAAUUGAUUUUUUGGGGGGCGGGGAGGGAAUAUAGUUGAAGAGUGGUGUAAAAUUUAUUUUGCUAAAUAGAUAAACACCCAAACUAUCACUUUUUAACACUUUGUGAAUAUAUGAAGACAAAUACAUGAAUGCAUCCAUUUAAAAAAUACUGUGUUGGGAUGGAUGUCCAUGUCUCUGGCUGUGGUGUUACUCUGUGAUGCCUGUUCCAAGUAAUCACCUUACCUAACAGCCUGUAAGCUGAUAAACAUCUGUGUUUGAUCUCACCCUUCUGUAAAGGUAAAUAUGCUAAGGAUCAGAGUGAUUUCAUUAAGACUUAAAACAGCCUGGCCUUCUCUUGGUUGUGCUUUAGCACAUCUGCUGGGCUAGACUUCAUUCUUUUUUUCAUAGUGUGGACUCAGCUGCCACUCCUGUUGUGAUAUUGGCCCUUGCUGAUAAGUACUUUUUUCUGAAUAAAAGAUACCCUCCCUGACAGUUGCACAGAAUACUUUGUAGAAUUCAGUUAUAACUCAGUACUAUAAUUCUAGGUGGAGGGUUUAUUUUAAAAGGUGAUGUUAAUCUAGCUGAUAUGUGAUGCAAAUAACAUGCUUUAUUAGAAUGUCUAGGUACUAAGUUAGAGCAGCUGUGAGAGGACAUAAACCUAUCAGUCUGUAGAAAAAAGCUUCAGGUUUCAAGCUAGGAGUCAAGGCACAGAGUCAAGGCAGGAAAGGCUUUCCAGUGUUCUGCGAUGAUCCAGUCCAGGCCAGAGUUUUCCUAAUGCAGAUAAGACAGAGGCAGACCUAUCAACAGGUAUGAGGAAGAGAACAGGUGGGAUACAGUUUAGUGUAAGGAGAACAGUGCAUAAUUGCUGAAAUUAAUGAAGUAAGAAGUGCUAUUUAGCACCGAGUCAUCUUGCACAUAUUUUUGCAAUAGUUAAAUAAACAAAAGAGGACAAAUUCUGCAAUCCUGUUGACCUCAGUGAGUUAUACUCAGUCUGUUAAUUCUUGAAAGAAAAUUCAGCUCAGUGCAGUGAAGCUCUCUUUACAAACCUAUAUGAAUUGGUCCUAUUUUGAACUGCUGUGUAUCCAUGCAUACCCAUUUGUUUAUUUUGCACUAGCAUGUGCAAAAAGAAAAUUUACUCCCUUUAGCAUAAUUUUGUAAACCAUUAACAUUCAGAAAGUUCCAGAUCUUGGAAGAUGAAAAGGAGGGAUGAGAGAUUAAAGACCCUUCGUUCCUUUGACCUCAGUGACAUAUCAGGGGUGGGGGGAGGAGAAACUGAACUUAGCAGCUCACUCUAGCUGUGGAAAGCUGGUAUCUAAACUAAAUUACCAAGUUCUUCUUGUACCUUUUUUCAUAAGUGUGUUUUUAAGGUAACAAAUUCCAUCUCCGUGCUUGUCAGAUUCCUUUUAAUUGAGACAGGUGAGGGAGGAAAGGUGCCUUCUUUGUCCCAGAGAUGUUUCUACAACUCUCAAAUUAUGCACUUCAGAAUAAGCAAGUUCAAGAAUCAGUGCCUGGGUUUCACCCUAUGAUUUUGAGUGAAGGCCAAGAUCUGUAAGAAAGAAAGAUUUCUUUCCGAUGGCCCAGUUUUUAAAUCAUUGCCAUGGCCAUUCCUACUCUCAAAUCAAGUCCCUCUAUAUCACAGCAGCCAUUUUUAAUUGUGUUUGCUAAAGGUACUUUUUAAAACUGCACUCACAAGAGAACUAUUUUUGUUGUGUUCCUCCUAUUUAAAUCUAUCCUGCUGGGUUUUAUGAUAGCAUCAUUUUAAGAAUUGGAAUGCAUACAUUGUUAAACGUUUAUUAAACAGUUGUGUUUGACAAAAAAAGUAAGCCCACUCAUGGUAAGUAGUAAAAGGGUAUUAAGUUCUUGAUUUGUGUCUAAUGAAUUCAGAUGUUUUUAGAAUCCAUUUGAGUGGACUAGUUAGUUAGUUCAAGAGCUGAGAGACAGCUCCAUUCACAUAAAUCUAUUUACUAUGCAGUAGAGAUUAAAAGGGGAGAGUGCUACAAUAGCUUUUGCCAUCCUGAUACCUUCCAGUUGACAGCUGAGGCUGAUGGGAGUUGUAAUUCAAAACAUCUGGACAGCACCAGGUUGGUGUAAGCUGCCCUACAAAAUGCACUAAAACCCUAUGAUAGCUAACAGAAAACUUUUUAAAAAUGCACAUUUAUUUGAGUAUUUAUUCUCACUAUAAUAUACUUUAGAUUGUGGCAUACAGCUUGUCUUGGUAAAGAAGGUGAAGUGAUGGUCUUUGGAGGAAGUAAAGAUGACUUGCAUUUCAUGGACACGGUUAGUAAAUAGAACACUUGUUAAAUGUCACCAUUGUGCUGAUAAAUCUUUUAAUUGAAAUGUUUUUAUGGAGAGAAUUUAGGUAAACAGAAUCAGAUCAUAUGAGAGGAGUUUUGAUCCUUCCUGAACUCCUCGUCCCUAUCCUUUCCCUGUGCACCCCUAAAUCUCUUCUGGGGCUCCCACAACCCUCCAGAGCAGAUUUGGGGGGGGGGGCGCCUGGGGGUGCUUGAGGAGAGAGUGAGGAUAUUCCAUUUCACAAAUUGAAAUCCUUGCAUUAUCAGAACUGCUUUGUUGGCUUAGCCCAAUGUUUUUAAAUACCUCAUUAAAAUAUUUAGUUGUUCUUCCUUACCCAGUUCUACUGAGUUUUUUUAACUGUUUCUGCUGCACGUUGGUAGUGUUGAUUUUAUGUUAUUUUUAAUUGCAUAUAUUUUAAUGCAAUGUUUUAUUGUUCUGCAAUGCUAUAAGUACCUUUGUUGCAAAGUAACUCAUAAAUAUUUGAAUUUUUUGUUGUUCUUGCUUAGGGACACUGCAGCGAUUUAUUGAUUUUCCAGACACAACCCUACUCACUUCUCAGGUGAGCUGAGAAAUUACUCGGAUAACAAUAUUAUAAAGCCAUGAGCCUAGUUGAGUUCAACACUUUUUAAAAGCAACUGUAUAUUCCAAAAUGUUAAGCAGUAACUAUCCCGACAUAGCAGCUUCAGAGCACAUGCAGGGCCACUGACACACACUAAGCUGUACCCCAUGCAGUGGCUGUUCAGGAAGUCAGGGAAUGCUCCACACACAGUGUAAGGAUUUCAAGCAUUCCCUGACAAGGAAGGGAAGAGGGGGUAUCCCCUGCACCUCAAAGUCCUGCAGAAUUUUGGUUCGUGAGAAACGACAGUUACAUUCUGUGGAUUUCAGAGGCUCUGAAACCCAAGUGUUAUUUCAGUUGCUCAUCUGUUAACCUCAAACUUGAAAACACAUACAAAACAGUGUGCGACUUUGAAGAGUCCAAAGCCUUUUCCAUUCACUUGAUAAUCCUUGCAACAUCACUUUAAAUAGGUCAACGUUAUGGGUGAGACGCAGCUGAUGAGUCCCGUCAGCAGAAGCCUUGUGCAAUAGGGCUGCUUCCACCACCUCUUCACUCCCUUUCCCCCACUCCAAAUUGGCUUAGUGUGGGUGGGUGUCAGGAACAGUGGGAAGGGGGAUCAUUCCAUCAGACGAGCUGACAGAAGGAUCACCUUAGCACAGAGUUGAAUUAAUCACUUUAGUCCCCAUAUUGCAGGUAAGGGCCAGGGCUGAGGUUGCGACUAGAUGCAGUCGUCGGCUCCAAACCAUGGCCUGUCUAUCUUUGUAUCUGAACCAAUGUCAGUUUACGAACCAUGGUGUGUGAAACACUGUCAAACUAUGAUAUCAAGCCUCUAUUUGAAGCUGGUUUGCAAACCACAGUUGAUGUGGGCUUGUGGUUUUCAUUUAUCAAACCCUUGAAAACACAGACCUACUUCAGAAGGCUAAUGCACCAUGUGGAUGGGAGCAAACUUGCAAAGCUGAGCAGAUGGAAGACAAAAGCUGCUCUAAGCCAUGGUUUAAUGUUGGACGUCCAAAUCACAGUGUGGAGUCUUAACUGCAGUUAGCACAAACCAGUUUGGCGUGAUGUUUCAACUAAGCCAUAUUAACUUGCCUAAAGCCACCUGGUAAAUUCAUAGUUGAGAUGAGAAUACCUACGUACUCACAUGGAUAAAACUCUUUUCUUCUAUAUAAUGUUUAACCUGCAAAACUUUGUAAUCUGGCAUUAUCUCUUUCAGACUGAGCCUUGACUGCAUUGGUAAAAAUGCUGCCCUCUUGGAGAACCAACUAUCCUGGUUACCAUCUAGACUUUUGGAGGAAGCUAUGGAUAAAAUAACUUUUUGGGCUGCUGUUAGCCAUCGUCGAGAAAGAAAAGCCAAAGCAGCAGCAGAGGAGCAAAUUAAUGUCUCUUAGCAACCAUUCUUCAUGAAUAUACAGCGCACAGUACAGACCCUUCUUGGAGAUGAGUUUGAAAUGUUACUGUUGACUGUUUGGGCUGAAUUUCCAAGGUUGGGGCAGAUCGGGUGAAAGGCACUCUGAUUUGCUGGUGCAUAAGGAAUGGGAACAGAGUCUAUUGAUGUAAUAACAGCUCCACGUAGGGGCUCUGGAGGUUAAUACCAACUUUCUUGGGUUUACUGAGCCAGUUCAUAAAGCUAGUUGAGCCAUUUAUUAUUAUUAAAGCUAAAUAUGUUAAUGAGACUUCAGACAGUUAAAGCUUUAUUUGGUCAUAUUCCUGCGUAUUGCUACACUUUAGCCAUUGUCUGAAGAGGGGGAUUUCUUUAAUACCUCUGAAGCCGCAAAACUCUCUUCUUUCGACAGCACUAUAAAAAACUUGGUUGAAAGUUGCAUGGGGCGGGUUUUGACACUAUUUUAUAGAAACACUUUAAAGUUGCACUUUUGUGUUAAAUGUUUUUUACUGGGCAAAGUUUUACUGUUGCAAUAAACAUUGAUGGACUGUAAAUAAUCACAAUUUUAAAAAUGUUACACAGACCACAGUGUGUAAGGUUUGUAUUCAACUUAGCUGUUUUUUUGUUAUUUAUUGUAAAGUAUUUAUAAAAUACAAAUUUCCUGUCAGUUUUAGGUAUUUAGCUAAUAGGGACCCUAUUGUUACCAUUUUGCUGUUAUGUUUUGAAUAGAAUCUUACUCUGAAUACUUUUACUCACUUGCCAUUUUGAGCAAAAAUCUUGGGGGGAAAUAUUUUUGUUUAUACAUCUACUUUGAGUUGCCUUCAGGCUGGUUGCAGUAAUAACUAAGCACAUGUGGUAUUAGGAGAUUAGGAGGAGGUGGAGUCAUGCCAUGAUAUGCCGCUUAAUAACUCAGUAUCACAUUUAAGCCAUAUAUCUCUUUAGGGAUAUUUUUGAUACUAGGGGAGGAAUUCAACAUCACACUCUUCUGAUCAUUCCACCAGCACAUGCAUUUCAGUUCCCCAGAGGGAACAAUCCCUUGCCUACUCUCUCCCUCAAACCUGGGGUGUGGGAAGCCCAUUGUGCAAGUGGAAAUCUUUGUGCUAAUGGGACUUGUUAGCCGAAUCCCACCAUGGCAGUUUUGCUUCUGUUGGGGAAGGGGUGAUGCAGAUUUUAUAUAACUGAUCUUUGCUUCCUUGUUCUUAGUGCAGAACCUACAAGCUAAAAUAAGGAAUGUGGGCUUUUACUCCCAAAACCGAGUAUGUGACUUAUCAAAUAUAGAGCUAUGUUUCAGAUAUUUUGACUUUGGACCUAAUAUAUGAAUGACUGAAAAUCAGAGGAAUCGGGUGGUUCAAGCACCUGAAUAGAUGCAGCAGUUUAGUGAAGUCAUUAAUGCCAACCUUUGUCGUGGAACAAUGGCAUAACGUACUUUGAACGUACUGUAGGUAGCAAGUGACUUUUUAUCUACCUUUCCUCCUGAGAUUCACUCCAGUUCUGCUCCCUUCUAGGUAAAAUGUUGCACUUGACAUUGACGGAUGACGCAGUCUUGGAGCAAAUCAAGAUGUCACAAAUAUUUCUCUUGAAGUAUUUUUAAUGAUCAUCCUGGCAGAUGUUUGGGUUAAGGCUGAAAACUUGUGUUUGGAAGUUCUGUGUCAAGCUGAAAUUCAGGAGACGAAGCUUUUCUGAUGUGCAGGUGAAGUAACGAGUUAGUUUCCCCUGAAUCUCUGCUUGUUGCACAGCUGUUAAAACACAAAAGGGUUCCAUCCUAAAGAAAAGUUGGCAAACCUAGCCUAGUAGGAUAAGAACCCUUUACUGCAUUAUUAGAACUGAUCUGACCAGAUAUGGAAAUUACGGCAUUGGAGAAUGCUGCACAGGAGCUUUCAGUUCUUGCCUUCUGGUCCCCAGCACAUGCAGGAUACUCAAGAGUGCCAUACAUGUCAAGCAUUAAAAUGCAAUCCCCUGGAAUAUUCUGCACAAGGCCCCUGCAGAACGAAUGGGAGCAUCUCCCAUACAUGAGCAGGAAAACUUCAGUGGAUUGUGACAGUAUUUUGAAGUGAUGGUCGUUUAUUUUAAUGGAACCUCUACAUAAUGUGUUUAGGAUUGGUGUGAGAAUUCUAUGGACUUCCAGAUAACCUUGCAAAUAGCAAUGGUGCUACUUAAAAGGUCAAAUCCUGAUGAGGUCAAAGUCAGGGGAACUUGACUCUGAACUUCAGUAGCAGCAUUGAUGAUUAUACCAUACCUGAGCUAGAAAACUUUGACAGGGAUCUAUCCACAAGUUUUUCAUAUUGAAAUUGUGUUCAGAAUCAGUUCCAAAGAAAAGUGCCUUUAUUGCCUUAUUAUGUUUUCAUGUGUGUUUUACAAUAUCUGCAGAAGACUGAAAUUUUCUCUCUCGCAAUAAAAACAUGGAAUUCUGACG